AAAGACAAUAUAAUCAUAAUAUAUAUUAAUUUAAAAUAUAGUAUAUAUGUUAAUAUAUGUUAAUUUAAUGUAUAGUAAGGUGAUAUGGUAUCUCAAUUUUUGUUAGCAGCAAUUGGCGAAUCUCUAUAUUAAUUAUCCAAACUUUAUAGCUUUAAAAGAAGAUAUAUUAAUUUCUCUUUGCGAUUAUUAUAUGAUAUUAAAAUGUCAUGCGUUGAAUGAAAUGUAUGGGGAUACUUGAAUGGAUACUUAAAUGCGGCGGCUACAUAUUCUCUUUCUAAAAUUUUCUUAGCGAUAGCAUGGAACAAUGAUUGUGUCAGUAGUCAAUAUGAUAAAUGAAGUUGACUUAGACUAGCAAGCUAGAAAUUAGUAUUAUGCGAGAACUUAAAAUUAUUAAGAUGGUGCAAAACAGAUUUGUCGUGUUUGUUAAAUAGAAACUCGAAAACAAAAUCGCAUAAUCUUGAAACUAUUUUUAUUAAAUAAAAUAGUUACAUUAAUUCCAACACGUUUUUUCCAUAGAGGAAAACUCCUCUAAAGAAUAUCUUUUUUAAAGAAGAUUUUUUAGAUCAAUAACUCUAUUUAAAACGAAAUUUAGUUUUUUAAAAAGUGACGAAGUUUUUGCACCACCCUAGUAAUCGAUUUAUUAUUCAAAUAAACUUAUUCGAAAUAUUUCACAAUUAGAUAGCUGAGACCAAUAAGGUGCAAUUUUUCCGGAGGAAAUAUUUCUAUAUUUAAUAACUAUUAUAUAAGGAGAAUAUAUUCGACUUCGAAUAGUUUGGUACGCAUUCGAUCGUAAAUUGGCAUUAUAUACCCUUAAAAACGGCCUAUAUCUUUAACAACCUUUAUAAGUAGUAGGGUAGAGAAUCAUUUCUCGUUUUGUAUUGUGUAAACACAAUAGUGCAAUUUUCACGUUCAUUAAGAACAGAGUAAAUAUAUCCAGUAAGGAUACUACAAUGCAAAAUGACGAUAAACCAUAAUCGAUAUACUUGUAAUAUAAGAGAUAUAAAGGCGCGCGCGCCAGCAGGCGUUAAUUAUUAUAUUUUAUAACAACUUUUAAAAAUUUAUCGUAAUCUUAUAUCUGUAGAGGAUAUCGUAGAUCAAUGUCUUGUGCGCAUAUUACACGCGUCUAUAUACUUAAGAAUCUAUUUACGCUAUGCAAAUGUAAUCUCUAAGUCGUGCGCGCGCGAAGCCAACUUCGCGCUCACGGGAAACGCAUUUACAAUACUCGACGCAUUUAAUACCAGGCAUUUAAACGUUCUUCCCGCAUAAAGAGGAAGGAAGAUACUCUAAUGUAGAAACAAACGCUGUUAUCGUAAUCUCUUACAUUUACUAUCGCGCUAAUCUUAUAUAUGCUUUUACGCGUUCGUGGUUCGAAGGCAGGAUAUACCGUAUGUAUAAGCAACGUUCAUACUUAAAAAAAAAAAGAGUUUUAUUGACUCUCAUGUAAUUGCACACAAAUUUGACUUACAUUUUAUUCCAUAUUUUAAGCGGAGAGAGUUAGUACUUUCUAAACCAAGACAGUGAUGUAUCGCGCAGUUAGAAGAUGCAUAUACUUAUUACGCAAUUUGAUACUCCGAGAGAAGAAAGGAACAAAAAAUCAUCGCGUUAUCGCAAAGCGCAAACGUCUUGAACGAUAAUGGAUUGCCGGCUUAUGUACUUAGUGCCAGGUGAAAGUCCGAAUUUAUAUGCUAAUUUGUUUUUGUCGUAGCAUAUUAACGAGGGGUAAUCGUAACAAGCCCGAUUUAUGUACGCGCGCGUUUCUCCUUCGUAAUACGUUUUAGAUCGAGCGAAAGAGAAAAUGGCUUUUCAGUGCCACGUGUGAAUUUUGAUAUUAAAUUGAUUUGUAUAAUAUCGCUCUAAGCCUUCUAUCUGAAAAUGGUACCAAUAAACUCGGAAUUUGCCUUAUCUCAUCCAGAAACUAAUGCUCUCCGUUAUUUAUUCUCCGCAAAUUCCUCCCUGAAAAUCCUCUUUCUUGGAAAAUCACGUCUCGUUACCGCGAAAGAAAGACAAAUUGAAUUAGCAUCAUGCGAGAUAAUAAUGAUUAAAAAGAAAAAGACAUAAGGAAGCGGCCUUUUCCGUCGAACAACCGUUCCCGGCGCGUGAGCAUCAUCGGCCGUUUCGUUCUCUUUAAUCCUAACAGAACAUCUCUGCUGGAAAUAAUGAUGUCCCCUCGCGCGUGUCACCUGCGGCAUGUCCAUCCCCAACGCCGGACAGUUUCUUCCGAAUUACAGAUGUGCAGUAGGGACCGAGAAAAUUCGCGGUGUUACUCGAUUAAGAGACACCCGCUCGCGCCCGAGAAUGAGAUGCGUUACACUCGCGGCGAUAGCGUACGAUAAUAAGUAACGUUACGCGUCCAAAUAUGUUCGUGCGCGACGCGUUUUGCGCUCUGUGCACCGUUCUACUUUGCCUGAACGUUAACGUGGCAGAAUGGGUGGACAUGCCGCAAUUCUCGGACGAGACCAAGAUUUACAGGAUACCUUCUGUACAGCACGAUCAGUUUUACAAGUUCAGGCGAGGCGACGCGGACAGCAUUAAUUUUCCCAACGGUCAGCGAAACGGCAGCCAAACUUAUCGUUAUCCAGCUGAAGCCACGCGUGUGACGCAUAAUAAAAGGAUGGAGAUUAAAAGGAUAAAUUCCAUCGCGAUGUCGACAACGCCGGCGAACUUAUUUCCCGAUCAAAUCGCCGACAGUUUCGCGGACACCGGUACAAGUCGCACCACAAUCAUCACCGAUACCGUGACCGAGAAUAAAUUAAAUAACAAAGACGAUGCGACGAUCUCACCAAUAGAGGAUACAAUGAUUAACACACUUACGACUCAACCAUCACCGAAUAAUAAGCAAGAAACAUCGCGAGAUAAAUACGACAACGAUACAUCGCAGCAGGACGACGGUAUAUUCCAAUAUUUGCCCAUAGACCUACUUAAAAGUGUUCACCGUACUUUACAAUCGCAGCCAGGGUCGAUCGAGGGAAAACUUUACUUUCUUAAAACGUUCGAGAAAACAUUGAUGUCAGAGAUUGAAUCUCGCCUUACCACUUCUAUGGCACCGAGUCGCAAAAUAAGAGGUGCCGAUUAUCACGACGAUCACGACGACCAUUCUUUAGGAUUCCCUUCGACAGAAGGCACACUGAUGGCCAUAUCGUUUCUCACGUUCGCAGUUUACCUCGUCCGAUUAGUCAUGCUGCUUCUCCGGAAUAUGAACAUGCCUACGACCACUACAACCGCCGCUACAGUGUUUCUCGGCAAAAGAAAAAGAUCCACCGAUCUCGAUGACGACACCGCUAGAAUACUUAGCAACAUUAAUAGUUUCGUUCCUGAUUUUUAAAUUGUAAUAUAAAAUAGUGUG